CAAAUUAAACCAAAACACAGGCAGAUAUGGUCAUGAGCGGAUACAAGGCAACUCAUUUCUUCAUUAUGGCGCUUCUUCUUUUACAGAAAAUAAUGGCUGCUGUCGAUAAUUUCAACAUUUUCAGUAUUUUAGCCCGAAAGCUUCACUGGAGCGCUCGUCAGGCAACUGGUUGAACUGGUUUUGAUCACAGAGUAUGACUGUAAGGAACGUAUCUUCUACUGGUCUGCAUCGUCUAUCCAUUUGGUGGCCACCACAGUCAGUCAUGAACCAUACCUUCUCAGAGAAGCUUGAUCUUUGUCCUGGCAUGAUGAAGACAAGUGAGCGUCUGUCCCUCGGCUCCUGCAGUGGAAAGUCCAUCCAUUCUGUGUUGAACGUUUGCGUUCAUCUGUGUAAAGGCCUCAGGAAAGCCAUCCAUCACUGUAUGAGUGUUUUAGAGCUAUUGAGCAGAAAGCUGCUCUUGUGUACUAGAGAAACCGUGAUCAUGACUGAUCGGACUCUCGAGGUCCGAGACGGGCCUGAACAAGAGGCCUGCAACGGUGAAAUCAAAAUGGCCACGGUUUUUCAUCAGACUGUUAAUCCACAAAUGAAGGUGAUGAUCCAGGCUGAUCAACUUCUGCUCUCAGACUGGCUUGAAUGUCGGUCUGAAGAGGAUGAAAGUUAUGGUGGUGGUGGUGAUCAAACAGAAUGGCGUGAAGAUGACCACUCAGAUUGGUCAGGUGAGGAAGGUUUGACGUCUGCAGAGAGCAAACAGUUAUGGGAGUCCUUUAACGGUGAUCCCUAUAAGCCACUCUACUGCUUCUACCCUACUGAAGACCAAGUAAAUGCUUUGGGCAGUGAUCGUUGUGAUGGUGAUUAUGAAGAGGAAGAACCUGUUUUUCCUUGUCCUCGAGAGAAAGAUGAAAGAGAAUGUAGUGAAAAAGAGGAGACUGAUUGGUCAGACAAGGGACAUUUGGAGAUGUCCUCAGAGAACAGAGAGUUAUGGGAGUCCUUUGACCGUGAUCCCCAUAAUCCACUCUACUGCUUCUGCUCUACUGAAGACAAAGUAAGUGCUUCAGACAAUGUUCGUUGUGGUGAUGAAGAGGCGGAGGAACCUGUUCUUCCCUGUCCUCAAGAGAAAGACAAAACCGAAUGGAGUGAAGAUGAUGACUCUGAUUGGUCAGAUGAGGAAGAGCUAGAGAUGUCCUCAGAGAAUAGAGAGUUAUGGGAGUCCUUUAACAGGGGUCCCUAUAAUCCACUCCACUGCUUCUGCCCUACAGAAGACACAGUAACGGUUUCAGACAAUGAUUAUGAUUAUUAUGAAGAGGAGGAACCUGUUCUUCCUUGUCCUCAAGCGAAAGAUGAAAGAGACUGUAGUGAAAAAGAGGACUCGGAUUGGUCAGAUGGAGAUUUGGAGAUGUCUUCAGAGAAUAGAGAGCUAUGGGAGUCUUUCUUGAAUAACCACGAUCCCUACAAUCCACUCUACUAUUCCUGUCCUGCUGAAGACAAAGUAAAUACUUCAAGUAAUAGUCAUGAGGAUGAACUUGCCUGUCCUUGUCCACGAGAGAAAGAUGAAACGGAAUGGAGUGAAGAUGACUCUGAUUGGUCAGAUGAGGGAGAUCUAGAGAUGUCCUCAGAGAAUAGAGAGUUAUGGGAGUCCUUUAACAGUGAUCCCUAUAAUCCACUCCACUUCUCCUACCCUACUGGAGUCAAAAUAAAGGCAUCAGGGAGUCCCCAAAGCCACAUGCAUUCAAGCCCCACAGCCAGUGACACUGAGGAACACAAACCUGAACAGAGCACAAAGGAAAGAGCAAGGAAGGUGUGUUUCAGUGAUGAGGUAACCAUACACGACCUCGAGGCGUGGGACACCGCAAGCCAGGCAGCGCGAGACGGGUCAUGCUGGAUGGAGCUGGCGAGAGAUCGAGAGCGUUUCAAAAGGAGAGUAGAAAAAACUGGACAGACCAUCAGCCCAUGUCUUACAGCUCAGCACAGAGCUAAAGUUUUAGAUAGAUUAUUGAAGUAUUCCGAUGGCAAAACUAGUUAUGGCAGCCAUUUGUUUUUUAUGGUUUUGUUUUAUAUUGUGCUUUUUACAUUUACCUCAACGCACUCCAGUUACUGCACUGUGAUAAUUACUUUUUCUUGGUUCUAAGAGUGUGUUUAAGUUUUUAAUGUUGCACUGCACCACAGAAUUGUAUUCUUUAUAUAUUUUGUAUAUAAUGCACUCCUGAAUGUCCACUAUGUGGCUGUUGGGGUGAACUGGGAUGUCAAUAAACAUUACAUGACCUUUUUUUUAUA